AUGGGGUACGGUAGCGACAUGAAGCUGCUGCUUCUCCCAUUCCUCUUAGUUGGAUGUGGUUAUGGCAAUGAUCACGAAAUUCUGCAGAAAGAGAUGCUGAUGAAGCGGGCCUGUGAGGUGAAUUCAAGACUGUCGAUUUGUGGAGAUGGAACCUUGGAACUUCCGCCUCCACUCCUCCCGAUUCCACCUCCCGUACCAGCCAUGGCCCGUCGGAGAGAUGUUCCGGUGGAGAAGCCCCAGGACAAACCGGCAAUCCUCGUCGUGAAGCCCACAGGCCCGAGAGUUGAUCCGUCUGAACGCCCUCAAGUCGGCAUCGACGAUCGGGAAGAUCGAACCCAUAUCCACAUCCGGCCCCAGCUGGCUGCGUAUGAGAGAGCGCAACACCCCGAACGCCAAUUGACCGUCAAGCAGGCCAUCGAGCUGCAGCGACGCUGCAAAAAAAUUGCCCCGAUGGCCCAGGCGAAUUGCGUGAAAACCAAGACGAUCGAGGCGAAUCGCGGCCGCUGUCAAGCCUACUUUAGAGAUUGUGCCCCAUUCUUGCCGAAAGCGUCGGAGAUUGGUGACAUGGCUCAAUCGUGGUCUUCCGGGGUAAAUCUAAACCUGGGCUCAUGGAAUGUGAAAGGUAUCCCCUACUAUCCCGUGAACGAGGAAGGCGCUAUUGGCUCUGGCCAUCUUGUCGGGAUCCCAUUCGGAUCGUGGGGCGGAGGAUUCAAUCAGAACAUUGGAGUACGUGACUACGUCUCGCUACAGCAAGAAGCCGGCGCAAACUGGCAGGAAGGGAAGUAUGGGUAUAAGAAUGGGUGGUCAGUGCCAUUGGUUCAGAGCCUCGGCGUUGAAGGCGGACAGCACAACGUUGUCGCCGUCCCGCUUGAUAAGGAGCACAUCGGAGAAGUGAACAUCGACAACGGGUAUGGGGUGGGCGGCUACUACGCGGGCAACGAUCACGUCGGGGUCAACUGGCGACGUGGAGACGUUCAACACAUCCAGGGCUACGGUGCCCCAUUUGCCCACGCGGGCUUCAUGACCGGCCAGGCGUUGACAUUCCCCUCCGUCGAUACAUGGGUCAAUGCACUUGGC